AUGGAGAAUUUCCCAGUUAUCAACUUAGAGAACAUCAAUGGUGAGAAGAGAGAAGCUACUAUGGAGAAAAUCAAAGAUGCUUGUGAAAACUGGGGAUUCUUUGAGCUGGUGAAUCAUGGCAUACCUCAUGACUUGAUGGACACUGUGGAGAGGUUGACAAAAGAACACUACAGGAAAUGCAUGGAACAAAGAUUCAAUGAAUUAGUGGCUGAGAAAGGGCUUGAAGCUGUUCAAACUGAAGUCAAAGACAUGGAUUGGGAGAGUACCUUCCACUUACGUCACUUACCUGAGUCAAACAUUUCAGAGAUCCCUGAUCUUAGUGAUGAAUACAGGAAAUCAAUGAAGGAAUUUGCUUUGAGACUAGAGAAACUAGCAGAGGAGCUACUAGACUUGUUAUGCGAGAAUCUUGGAUUAGAAAAAGGGUACCUCAAAAAGGCCUUCUAUGGAUCAAAAGGACCAACUUUUGGCACCAAGAUUGCAAACUACCCUCCAUGCCCAAAACCAGACCUAGUGAAGGGUCUCCGCGCACACACCGAUGCAGGUGGAAUCAUCCUCCUUUUCCAAGACGACAAAGUCAGUGGCCUUCAGCUUCUCAAAGAUGGCAUCUGGGUAGAUGUUCCUCCCAUGCAUCACUCCAUUGUGAUCAACCUCGGUGACCAGCUCGAGGUGAUAACCAAUGGUAAGUACAAAAGCAUAGAGCACCGAGUGAUAGCACAAAAUGAUGGAACAAGAAUGUCCAUAGCCUCAUUCUACAACCCUGGGUUAAAGUUUCAAGCCAAAGAACCAAGAUUUGAAGCAUUUAAGGAAUCAAACAUUAACCUGGGACCAAUUGCAACAGUUUAA